UCCAGCAUCUUCUCUUCCUCCUGUCUUCCCUCCAGAUUCUGUCAUCCUCAAAUUCUCCCACAGACUUUUCCUUUCCUCUUUCUGCAGACACCUGUAUUCUAUACAAAAAGCUAUGAAGGCUUUCGUAUUGCUAGCUCUUCUGGGAGCUGUAACAUCCCAAAGCUUUCCAUCCACUACGUACAGAGCACCCAACGGUGAGUUUUCCAAUGGCUUUGGAAGCAAUGGUGGUCUAAGUAAUGGCCAUGGUGCUUCUCUAAGCAGAUCCUACGGAGUUCCCAAUGGGGGAUAUGGAGUCGACGCCGAAAUUGCUGCCUUGGCCGAAAACAUUCCAGGUGGUGGUGUCCCUGGAGUAGACUAUCCAGUCCUGGCUGAUGUCCCUGACACAGGAUUCUCCUGCGAUGCCCAAACUGUCCCUGGAUACUACGUCGAUACAGCCCCUGAAGCUGGCUGCCAGCUCUUCCACAUCUGCCAGGACAGACCCAAUGGACGCCGCCAGCAGGACUCCUUCCUCUGCCCCAACGGCACCAUCCUCAAUCAGCAGUACUUGGUCUGUGACUGGUGGUUCAACUUCGACUGUUCCACUGCUCAAGACUUCUACUUCGUCAACGAAUUCAUUGGAGUCGAACCAACUGCUCAGUAUGCUAAUGGUAUCAUCAAUGGCAACGGAAAUGGCAAUGGAAGAAAUGGCUACGUCUAUGGCAAUGGUAAUGGAAAUGGAAACUUAAGGGGUGUACUCACCAAUGGUAAUGGCAAUGGAAGGAAUGGAUAUACCAAUGGCAAUAGUAAUGGAAAUGGCAUCAAUGGUAAUGGCAAUGGAAGGAAUGGAUACACCAAUGGUAAUGGAAGGAAUGGAUAUGCUAACGGUAAUGGAAAUGGCAUCAAUGGAUUCACCAAUGGUAAUGGAAAUGGAAGGAAUGGAUACACCAAUGGUAAUGGAAAUGGCAUCAAUGGCUCUACCAAUGGUAAUGGAAAUGGCAUCAAUGGUAAUGGAAGGAAUGGAUAUGCUAACGGUAAUGGAAAUGGAAAUGGCAUCAAUGGAUUCACCAAUGGUAAUGGCAAUGGAAGGAAUGGAUAUACCAAUGGCAAUAGUAAUGGAAAUGGCAUCAAUGGUAAUGGCAAUGGAAGGAAUGGACUCACCAACGGUAAUGGAAGGAAUGGAUACACCAAUGGUAGUGGAAAUGGGAUCAAUGGUAAUGGCAAUGGAAGAAAUGGAUACACCAAUGGUAAUGGAAGGAAUGGAUAUGCUAACGGUAAUGGAAAUGGCAUCAAUGGAUUCACCAAUGGUAAUGGCAAUGGAAGAAAUGGAUACACCAACGGUAAUGGUAAUGGCAUCAAUGGCUUUACCAAUGGUAAUGGAAAUGGCAAUGGCAAUGGCAUCAAUGGUAAUGGUAAUGGAAGAAGUGGAUUUUCCAAUGGCAAUGGAAAUGGGAGGAACGGAUACACCAAUGGUAACGGUAAUGGUUUUACCAAUGGCAAUGGAAAUGGCAUCAAUGGUAAUGGCAAAGGUAGAAAUGGCUUUACCAACGGUAACGGAAAUGGAAGGAAUGGAUUUACCAAUGGCAAUGGAAAUGGGAAUGGUUUUGUCUACGAUGAAUUUGCUGCCUUGGCUGAAAACAUUCCAGGUGGUGGUGUCCCUGGAGUAGAUUAUCCAGUCCUGGGAUGCGAUGCCCAAAUUGUCCCUGGAUACUACGCCGAUACAGCCCCUGAGGCUGGCUGCCAGGUCUUCCACAUCUGCCAGGACAGACCCAAUGGACGCCGCCAGCAGGACUCCUUCCUCUGCCCCAACGGCACCAUCCUCAAUCAGCAGUACUUGGUCUGUGACUGGUGGUUCAACUUCGACUGUUCCACUGCUCAAGACUUCUACUUCGUCAACGAAUUCAUUGGAGUCGAACCAACUGCUCAGUAUGCUAAUGGUAUCAUCAAUGGCAACGGAAAUGGCAAUGGAAGAAAUGGCUACGUCUAUGGCAAUGGAAAUGGCAACCUAAGGAGUGUAUUCGCCAAUGGCAAUGGAAGGAAUGGAUACACCAAUGGAAAUGGUAAUGGAAAUGGUAAUGGAAAUGGCAUCAAUGGUUUCACCAACGGAAAUGGAAAUGGCAUUAGUGGCAAUGGAAGAAAUGGAUACACCAACGGUAAUGGAAAUGGUAAUGGCAUCAAUGGCAAUGGUAAUGGAAGGAAUGGAUACACCAAUGGAAAUGGUAAUGGAAAUGGCAUCAAUGGCUCCAUCAACGGUAAUGGUAAUGGAAGAAAUGGAUACACCAAUGGGAAUGGUAAUGGAAAUGGUAUCAAUGGCUCCAUCAACGGUAAUGGUAAUGGAAGAAAUGGAUACACCAAUAGAAAUGGUAAUGGAAAUGGCAUCAAUGGCAAUGGUAAUGUAAGGAAUGGAUACACCAACGGUAAUGGAAAUGGUAAUGGCAUCAAUGGCAAUGGUAAUGGAAGGAAUGGAUACACCAAUGGAAAUGGUAAUGGAAAUGGCAUCAAUGGGAAUGGAUACACCAAUGGAAAUGGUAAUGGAAAUGGCAUCAAUGGUAAUGGAAGGAAUGGAUACACCAAUGGAAAUGGUAAUGGAAAUGGCAUCAAUGGUAAUGGAAGGAAUGGAUACACCAAUGGAAAUGGUAAUGGAAAUGGCAUCAAUGGCAAUGGCAAUGGAAGAAAUGGAUACACCAAUGGUAAUGGAAAUGGUAAUGGCAUCAAUGGCUCCAUCAACGGUAAUGGUAAUGGAAGGAAUGAAUACACCAAUGGAAAUGGUAAUGGAAAUGGCAUCAAUGGUAAUGGAAGGAAUGGAUACACCAACGGUAAUGGAAAUGGUGAUAGCAUCAAUGUUAAUGGUAAUGGAAGGAAUGGAUACACCAAUGGAAAUGGUAAUGGAAAUGGCAUCAAUGGCAAUGGUAAUGGAAGGAAUGGAUACACCAAUGGAAAUGGCAUCAAUGGAUUUACCAAUGGCAAUGGUAAUGGAAGGAAUGGAUUUACCAAUGGCAAUGGAAAUGGGAAUGGUUUUGGUGCCCCAUCCCAGUCUUACGGCGUUCCUGUCUUCUAAUCGAGCCAGAUGAGUCAUCCCCAAGAUAUCCAGACUCCAGCGUCGACUCUUUAAUGGAAAUUAUGAUGACUGCUCUCAUUAUUCUUCUUCAAUUUUUCCUUUUCAUCUUUUUACUGCUUCAAGUUUCCUCUUCUUCAUUAUCAAUGAUUCAUCCAACUUCGAGAAAUAUUAUAUUCACGAAAA